AUGUCGGUGGUAAACCUUUUCAUCCACUCACCGUCAACCCUUGUCUCCGCCGAACGUCGCCUACCCUCCUCGAUCCCCCUCUCCGAUCUCAAAUACCGACUCGAACCAAUAACCGGCGUCCCACCCUCCACUCAAAUCCUCCAACUUCACUCUUCUCGAACCGAUCAUGAACAGCAAUCUACCCUACCUGGUCACUCACCUUUCCCCUCUUCCACUCGUUCCACCCUCAUUCUCUCUGUCCCACAAAACUCCGAUCUCGAACAGCGCACAUUGGAAGAACUAGGCGCAGUCGAUGGAAUGGCACUGAAAGUCCUCGAUACUAGACCUAAAGAACUCAUCCAAACAUACACAGACGAGUCUUUGGUCGAGAAAUAUGUAAUGGACGAUGACACAUACGCCUCUCGCCCAGACACUGUGCUAGCUUUCAAACAGAGGAAUAAACUGGGAAGGUUCGAUCCGACUAAAGACGCAGCUUCAAGCACAGCAUCCACAGAGGAAAAACUUCCAGAAGGGUUGCAAGUAGGCUCAAGAUGCAUAGUAGACCUGCUCUCAGGUGCUGGCGGAGGAAGCAAUCAAAGAAAAGGAACAGUAAAGUAUGUCGGCACAACCAAAUUUGCAACAGGCACUUGGGUUGGUGUGGAAUACGAUGAACCUGUUGGGAAAAACGACGGCUCGGUUGGAGGAGAAAGAUACUUCACAUGCAAGCCGAGUUUCGGUGGCUUUGUGAGACCGGCUAAGGUUCAAGUUGGCGAUUAUCCAGCAGACGAUUUCGAUCUGGAUCUUGAAGAUGACGAUGAGGAGAUGUAA